UGCUCUCCGGAGAACAUCAUUAUACUGCGCAUAGGAGCUACGUUUUUCGUGUGUUUCCCUCUUGAAGAUAAUUAAAAUUUAAUUAUUUGACUUAUUAUUAAGUUUUGUGCUCGCUGGUGACGCUGUGUGCUGUUGUUGUUGCCCCGCUACUGUUCGUGCAUGGAGAGGAGCCUAGCCGCAGAAUGCAACCGACGCAAGAAAAUCUGAUGUGAAGAGUGGAUGCAUGAACAUUAUGCUUGUCUACUAGGAUAAAUCGCUUCAUGUCCUGCUUCAGCUGGCAGACGAAGUCUGUUGGGCGAACCCAGUUGUCGGCAGUGAGACCCAUGUGAAAUGCCUUAUGAAAAAUUCAACAAAAAGCGCCGACAAUGGGAGGAUAGUGGUGUUCUGGAGCUGAUCAAACUAUGGAAAGUCUGCGCCUAUGAGCUGCGCACCAUUAAACGCAAUGGCCAUCUCUAUGUGGCAAUGGCCAAGCAGUUAACUUCUCUGGGUGUCCCUGUAACAGCUCUCGAGGUUCACUUUAAAGUCAACAAUUUAACGCAGCGCUACCGUCAGGAGCAGAAGACCUUCGAAACAACGGGCAUAAUCAGCACCUGGAAGUUCUACAGUCAAGUGGAUGAUGUAUUCAAGAGUCUGGCCGCGCACACCGGUUACAAAGACAAACGCAUGACGAGUGCCUCUAAUACUAGCAGUUUACCCUCUACAUCCGAGUCACCAGUUUGGAAGAAUCCAAUGUCUCAGCAAGAGUUUAAUAGUAACAACACGGAAGGGUUCUAUAAGACCGAGUACGGCAUGCAUCGGCACUUUAUGGAUCACUCCCAACCACCGCCUAAUGCCGGCAGUGUGGACAACUUCAUGGCCUCCUCGGCGGCCGUGGCGGCGGUGGCUGCUGCUGCCUCCGCCCGUUUGGCCGACAACAACAUGGAUCAGCAAAUGAAUGCGGCUGCUGGUGGAAGCGGAGGUAGCGGUGGCGGUGGAAACACCAACGGUGGCGUGGCCAAUUAUCAGAAGAUGAAAAAGUCCCAUGAGGAUUACGACAAGUUCGUGGACAUUGUGAAGAACAUCGUGGACACCCAUAAGAGUACUCCGGACAAGGUGGAUACCUUUGGCGACUUUAUCAAGUCGUACAUGAAGCGCUGGCCAGAGCGUCUGCAGGACGAGGCCAUAAACCACAUUACCAACUAUGUAAUUGUCAAGAAUAUGGAGCAUAGCAUGGUCAGCAGCCACAAUCCGGAGGGGGUGAACAACCGACAAUAACAAUACAAGCAGGAGCCCAACAACUGAACGAGAGUUGUUGGACGAAGCAGCUCCACGAAUUAAGCGGGACGGCAAGCGAGGAUUACUUAAGGUGGCACGCAGUUACUUAACCGCAUCUGAGUUGCAGCCAAGUUCAUCAUGGGACACACACAACAUACACGGCAUACAGUAUUUUUUGUAUAGUUAAAAUAUACAACGGAGUUUUAGUUCUCGUCGGUCGCGCUCCCUCGAAAUCGAAUUGAUUUCGCUAUCGGGGCGAGCGAGAUCCAUCGUACAUAGAGAUCCUAGCGAGUACAUUACGUUUAGACACCAUUUCCUACUGUUUAGCUGUAAACUAUUAUACAUAUAAAUUAAUAAAUGCUUUAACGAUUAUUUAUGAAUAGCACAAAGCAAA